AUGUCACCGGCUACAGAUGGCGACGACGACAUUUACGAGGGGUCUGGCCCCAGAUUACAACCUGGAACGCCAGAACUUGCAUCCGAUUCAAAAAGCAUUGAAAUGAAGAAUACUGAAAGUACUUCCACAGCAAGUCCCAGACAUGCGGGAACGGCGUCUCAGCAGCAGGUGAGCAAAGGCAUAGAGGAGGAAAAAGAAGAAGGCAAGAAAGCCAAAGACAACGCUGAUAAGAAAGCCGAGGAGGAGUCUGAUAGAAGGGCUAAAGAAGAAGCCAGCGGAACUGCCAACCGAAAAAAAGUAGAACCACGCUUGAGGGGCCCCUUCAGCUCCCUUUCGCCUGAAGCAGAGGCUGAUAGAAUGGCCGAAGAAGAAGCCGAUAGAUUGGCCAAGGAAGAAAGAGGCACAGCCAACACCGACCGGCCGGAGCCACCCCUGACAACAACAACAAUCAAUAAUGUAGAUAUGGAGGCUGGCCGUGUGCGCUGUGUGUGUCGUAUCCCGCGCUGGCUAACACGCCUGUCCUAUUUGUUCCUCUGUUGUUGCUGUUGCUGUUCUUGUCCCAGGGAACGACCGAUAUCAUCGCCGAGAAGCGACAAUGCCAAACAGUUCGCAAGAGAUACUCGUGAGCUCAGAGAGAAGGUCAGGGAUGACAAGGGCUGGGAGAAAUUCAACUACUACGCCGUCUAUUGGCUUGCUAUGGCUUUAGUUGUUGCACAGCUGAUAAUAUCUGCAAUUAUAACAGCCCUGGGAGCUUUUGGCCACGUAGUGGCAGUGACAUCGCUUGGCGGUGUGAACGUUGCUCUGGCUGGUAUUCUAGCUGUCUUGAAAGGAAGCGGCUUGCCCGAGCGACGAUGGAGGAAUUACCACGAAUAUCGCCUUGUUGGAAUUUAUAUUGACAGAAUGGUUCAAGUGCUAGAUACCCGCCCGUGGGCAUCAGCAAAUCAAUACGUGCGCGAGGCAGAGGAUAUGUACCAGCACGCAAUCGAAACCAUUGAGCAGAGUCGGCCAGACUUUUACGCAUCAUCAGUUGCGGGGAGAAUGUUUAGACAGAGAGAUUCGGGCGCGGCAACGCCAUAG